AUGUUUUCAGUUCUUUACCAGUUGUUGUUCUGUUUGAACCAGAGCGGAGCCGAGAAGAGGAGGAGGAAGGAGCAGGACCUGGAGGAGCUGAAGAAGGAGGUGUCUUUGACUCUGCACCAGCACAGAAAGACCUGGUGUGGGACCAGCACAGAAAGACCUGGUGUGGGACCAGCACAGAAAGACCUGGUGUGGGACCAGCACAGAAAGACCUGGUGUGGGACCAGCACAGAAAGACCUGGUGUGGGACCAGCACAGAAAGACCUGGUGUGGGACCAGCACAGAAAGACCUGGUGUGGGACCAGCACAGAAAGACCUGGUGUGGGACCAGGACAGAAAGACCUGGUGUGGGACCAGCACAGAAAGACCUGGUGUGGGACCAGCACAGAAAGACCUGGUGUGGGACCAGCACAGAAAGACCUGGUGUGGGACCAGCACAGAAAGACCUGGUGUGGGACCAGCACAGAAAGACCUGGUGUGGGACCAGGACAGAAAGACCUGGUGUGGGACCAGCACAGAAAGACCUGGUGUGGGACCAGGACAGAAAGACCUGGUGUGGGACCAGCACAGAAAGACCUGGUGUGGGACCAGGACAGAAAGACCUGGUGUGGUGGAUUUUUCACAGUAUAUUUACACUAG